GUGUAUUGAAACGUACGACUAAGUUCGCAUACGCACUAUCUUAACAAUUUCACCCGGACCAACGACCGGGACACUCUCCGACGAGAUGGCAUCCAAACGAUCAGAGGAUGAAUACGGAGAAAAGGUCAACAGAGCUAUUGUCGACACGGGGGUGAAAAUGGCAACUGGCUUGGUUGUAGGUGGUGUAUUUUCCUUGGUUCUCUUUAAGAGAAGAACAUGGCCCAUUGCUUUUGGAGUUGGAACAGGAUUUGGAAUGGGUUAUAGUAAUGCUGAAAACGAUUUUCAGAAUAAAAAUGCUGCAUUGUUAAAGCGCCUACAGAAAGCUACAACCAGUGCUUGAUUGCCAUAAAACAUGAGACAUCAGAACUUUACUUUGAAUAAUAUAUGUCUGUGAUCAAAAGAUGUGUAAUAAAAAAAUUCCCAGAAACAUCUAA